UCUCAAUUGGAGUUCUUGUCAUCGCCUUUGAUCUUUUUUAAAAUACCUUCUUCCUCUCCCUUUCAUUUUUUUUUUAUCAAAUUCUUGCAGAUUCUUGAUAUUUCAUUUCAGCAAUGAUUGCCAAGCAAUCAGAUUUACGCUGGUUGGUGUUUGUUCUGUUAACUGUUUCAAACCUGCAAUGUUGUGUUUUUGGAAAGCAGCAACAGCAACAAGAGCAAGUUCCUUGUUAUUUCAUUUUUGGAGACUCGUUCGCAGUUAAUGGCAAUGAUAAUGACCUUGAUACUUACAAAGCCAAUUACUUGCCAUAUGGGAGUGAUUUUCCUGCUGGUCCUACAGGAAGGUUCAGCAAUGGCAAGACCAUGGUUGAUGUACUUGCUGAGAAAGUUGGGUUGAAGGAUUACAUCCCACCUUUCAGAAAAGUUGGUAAUGGCACAGAAAUUCUCAAAGGUGUAAAUUAUGCAUCUGGUGCUGCAAUUAUGCAAGUGGAAACUGCAGGAAGCAAGGUCACUUCCAUUAGCCAACAGAUAAAUUUCCACAGGACAAUAGUCCGACGCAUUGACAACAUAUUUGGCAGCAAAUUCAAGUCUAACUAUUAUCUCCAGCAAUGCCUAUAUAGUGUUGGGAUUGGCAGCAAUGAUUAUUUGGUAGGCUACUAUACCCCAUCGAACAACGGGUCAGAACCAACCCGAAAAAUUCCAUCAGAGGAAUACGCGGAGAAACUUGUUGAUGGUUACUUGUUCAAUCACUUGAACAAUCUGUACAACUCUGGAGCCAGGAAAAUUGCUAUAUUUGGGCUUGGGCCAUUGGGUUGCAGCCCAACUGCAGUGAAAUUUUAUGCCACAAAUCAACAUUGUAUAUCUGUGAUGGACACAGAUAUCCAUAUCUUCAACAGCAGGAUUAGUAUGGUAGUCGACAGGUUCAACAAGAACUACAAGAAUGCAAAGUUCACAUAUAUCAACAUCUAUGAUCUAACAUCAGCGAACGUUUUCCCAGGUUUCAAGCAGACACAAGUUCCUUGUUGCGAAACAGACCGCAAUGGAUUGUGUGCUCCUAACACAGCCAAAUGCCAGAACGUGAAUGAUUACUUUUACUGGGACGGGUACCGGCCGACCGAGGCAGCAAAUGUAGUCCUGGCAAAUUUAGCAUAUAAUGCCUCUGUUCCAGACAAUGCUUACCCUUACAAUCUCCAACAGUUGAUUGCAUAGACCACCACGAAGGCACUUGAUGAUGGAAACUAAGUCUGCUUUAUAGUGCAGGACUCUCAUUACUUUUAAUAAUUUUUUAUGUAAAAAAAAAAAAAAAUUCCUUACUAAAUCAAACAAAAAAUAAUCUUAAUCCCCUCAAAUUACACAGACUCCAUUGCACAACUUUGUAUUUUUUUCUUCUUCAUUCCAAAUCAAAUCAAGCACUUUCAUUGCUUCGCA